GUCCAUGCUGCAGCGGACAUCUUCACGAGUGCAGUCGACGACCUUUUUGAGUCCGGGCCCAUGGGGCCGCUCCUUCUCUCCGGCGUCGUCAGUGCGGCGAAAGCCCUCGGUUCACAGGAGCUGGUCUCUCUGGAUGAGAACGAGGCAUUGCUCUAUGCUCGGAGCUUUCACCUGAAG